AUGCAACAUGAGAAUGAACCUCUACAUGGUAUUCCUCCGUAUCAAGAUCUGAUAAAUGGUGUCGUAUCUACAGAAACUUCCUUUCAUCAUCAUAAGGUCGCAGAGAGUGUCUCAAAGACGUGCCUAUCGAUGCAUACCGGCGUUGCGGAUACGCCAGGUCGCCGUAGAGUGUUUAGCACAUCCGAUGGCAGGCAUCUCUACGUUUCUGACGAAGACUUCAGCAACUUUUCUGCCAUUCGUAGACUUUUUGACGAUGCUGGUCCAUGUGUCGCGGGUAGCCCGACCUCUAUCCUUACACUUCCUGUUUGCAUCACCAGCGAUGUUUUAGACAAGCUGGUCUCCCUGGCGAGAUGUCGGAGUGUUAGUGGAGAAUUCGUUUCCAGCAAGGUCGACUCCCUUCUAGGAAAUGAGACUGUUCCUGAGUUGCUCAAAAUGGUAGAGGCUUGUAUGUUUUUGGACGCACGUCUUCUGGCACGGGAAUGCGCUCGUCGGGUGGCAAAUCUUUUGGACGGUAAAACGGUAAUGGAAAUGCGAGCUCUUCUUGGAAUUCCCGUUGACACAAAGCUGCCCCCAGAGAUGAGUGAAAAGGUCCCAAUUUCUUAG